GGGGUGUCGACUUUCCGCCGCAGGCGGCCGGUGCUGCGCUAGGUCCUAGCCCUCCCCCCCCCCGGCCCCCACCCCCCGGCCCCUCCUUCGAUUGCUGUGGUCGGGUAGCGCCUGGCGGGCGGCCUGCGGGCGGGCCGUCCUCUCAGCCGUAGCCCACCCCCUCUUAAAGCCGCGGCGGGAAGAUGAGGUUUCGUGAGCCGUUCCUGGGCGGCAGCGCCGCGAUGCCGGGCGCGACCCUGCAGCGGGCCUGCCGCCUGCUCGUGGCCGUCUGCGCGCUGCACCUCGGCGUCACCCUGGUCUAUUACCUCUCCGGUCGAGAUCUGAGCCGCCUGCCCCAACUGGUCGGAGUCUCCUCUUCACUGCGAGGCGCCACGAACGGCGCCGCCGCCAGCAAGCAGCCCUCGGGAGAGCUCCGGCCCCGGGGCGCGCGGCCGCCGCCUCCUUUAGGCGUCUCCCCGAAGCCUCGCCCGGGUUCUGACUCCAGCCCUGAUGCGGCUUCUGGCCCCGGCCUGAAAAGCAACUUGACUUCGGUGCCAAUGCCCACCAGCACUGGAUUGUUGACUCUGCCUGCUUGCCCUGAAGAGUCCCCGCUGCUCGUUGGCCCCAUGGUGAUUGACUUUAAUAUUCCUGUGGAUCUGGAGCUUUUGGCAAAGAAGAACCCAGAGAUAAAGAUGGGCGGCCGUUACUUCCCCAAGGACUGUAUCUCCCCUCACAAGGUGGCCAUCAUUAUCCCAUUCCGUAACCGGCAGGAGCACCUCAAAUACUGGCUGUAUUAUUUGCAUCCAGUCCUUCAGCGCCAGCAACUCGACUAUGGCAUCUACGUCAUCAAUCAGGCUGGAGACACCAUGUUCAAUCGCGCUAAGCUGCUCAACGUUGGCUUUCAAGAGGCCUUGAAAGACUAUGACUACAACUGCUUCGUGUUCAGUGAUGUGGACCUCAUUCCGAUGGAUGACCAUAAUGCCUACAGGUGCUUUUCACAGCCACGGCACAUUUCUGUCGCAAUGGACAAGUUCGGGUUUAGCCUGCCUUACGUUCAGUAUUUUGGAGGUGUCUCCGCUCUCAGUAAACAACAGUUCCUUACCAUCAAUGGAUUUCCUAAUAAUUAUUGGGGCUGGGGAGGAGAAGAUGAUGACAUUUUCAACAGAUUAGUUCAUAAAGGCAUGUCUAUAUCACGCCCAAAUGCUGUGGUAGGCAGGUGUCGCAUGAUCAGGCACUCAAGAGACAAGAAGAACGAGCCCAACCCUCAGAGGUUUGACCGGAUCGCACAUACAAAGGAAACGAUGCGCUCUGAUGGUUUGAACUCACUUACCUACAAGGUGUUGGACAUACAGAGAUACCCGUUAUAUACCAAAAUCACAGUGGACAUCGGGACACCAAGAUAGCAUUUUGGUACAAAUAAGAGACCCGAGGAUGGCCGGAGACCUCAGAUGUGUGUCUCCGCCAGUCGACUGGGCUGGGCCCUCUCAUUUGUUCAGUCUGAAUGAUCGUUCUCCUUCCUUACACUCAGACGACUUUCCAGGUGCCCAGGGUGAGUGUCACGUUUGCCCACAGCCUGGCUCGGCACUGGGUGAAAUCCUACAAGGUGUUUAUCAGUGUAAAAAGGUCAGCUUUUGGAGAGGCUUCUUGGACACGUCACCCCCAAAGAGUCGGAACUGUGCCCAGCUCCAACCUUAGUGACUGUGGGUCAUAGUCCCACUGUUGAAACUGCUAAAGUGUGACAUGGGUAAGAGCUUUGCUUUAGUCGGUGAUGUUCAUACUUCAUGACCAAUGGAGGCUGCUGCUGAAUUCGGAUUCACAAGAUAUUCUUGCAUAUUUUUUUAUACAAAAAAAUCAAAAUUUCAAUCAGUCUCGUGUUCUGUCCCUUUCCUACGUCCUCUCACCGGUAUGCAACUAUUACAAUCACUGCGUGUUCGUCUUUUCUUAGCAAAAGAGUUUUAAAACUUGAGCCUGGAGCUUGGUGUCCUGUGAGUGUGGCUGCCAAGGCCUUGCCCUUAGAGCAGGGGACUCUCACUUCCGUGACCCGUCUCCAGAUCCCUGUCUGAUUUCUGAAUGUAAAGAGGUUUUUUGUGGUUGUUGUUUUGUUUUGUUUUUGUUUUUAGAAGCAGUUUGUAGUAUUUUAAAGAAUAAAUCAAGUUUUGAUUAUGCUAUAGGUUGAUUUUUGUGUUGAUCCAAAUUGGAAUAGCUAUUGAGUGUUUUAAGUCGUGACUUUAUUUUUCUGGGCAUGCUAUAUAAACUUGAAUUUCCUAUGUAUUUUUAUUGUGGUAUUUUAAAUGUGGGGGAAGGGAUUGAGUAUUUUUUAGGGGGAAAAAAUAACAUAUGCUGUCGCGGUCACAAAGGAGCCUCUGAUGUAGCUGGCAGGCCAGGUUUGUAAAGAGCAAAGUUACUUUCGGGUCCCUUGCUAAGGGAACAGGUCAGCGUAUCCUGCCAGACCUCUGGGUCAGCAACCUGGGAGAUAGCAUCUGCUUACCCGGCAGAGCUCUCCCUCCACCCCCCCAGGUGGGCUGGGUGGAGGACCCUCAGCCUCCCAGAACUGACCCCCUCAUGGCCCUAGGCUGUGGGGUUGGAAAAUCUUAGCAGUCAGGUUGUUUACCAUCCCUCCCAGCCUCCCCCAGCACCACACUCCCUGACCUGCCGAAAGUACCCAGCUCUUACUUUUCUCUUGCUCUUCUCUUUCCUUCUCCCCUCUCCCUUCUCACUCCUUUGCUUCCUUCCCUAAAAUUCCCUGUGGCACUCAGGGUCAGACUGUUCAUUCUCCGGCAUGACUGUGCCUUUUCGUGAGAGGUCUAGAACGUCCACCUGAACCCACACCCCGUUCUUCCUGAGAAUCCUGGUGCCUAGAUAGCCCCUCCGUCACCACUCAGGGUUUUAGCAGGGGCUGCCACUGCUCAGUCUAAGCCAUGAGGGGUCAUUCACAAACCGGCCUGUGCCAGGCAGUGCUCUGUACCUGCGGUGACGUGGCCCAGGGCACUCCGACCGUCAGGCUGAGAGGGCUUCCAAGAUGAGGCCUGAGUUGGGACCGUAAGGUUCAGCUAUCUAAUCCUAGAGCUAAGCCCUUUGUGCUGUGGCGGCCUGGACUCCAGCCCUGAGUAUAGAGGUUGCGUGGAUGGCUGCCCUGGUCCUACCUGUGCCUUAUUGCUUGGAGCAGCGCAGUCUUAGCUGCCUUCCCCAGAAGCCUUGUUAUGUGUGGGUUAGAAACUCUUCCCCAGCCAGAGCAGCCAGGCUGUGCAAAACCUGUGCUCUCUCGGUUUCUCGUGCCUCUAGAAGGCCAUUAAAACCAAGACUGGAUGAACUGAGAGGAGGUGGGGUUUUUUGUUUGUUUUGGUUUGUUUUGUUUUCUGUCCCCAGAUCCUGACUUUUCCAAAGUGCCUUAAAAGAAGGGAGAUCACAGACACAUGGAGUGUGUUACUUCCUCCCCUCCUAGAGCAAAACUUCACCUUUUCUCUGUGCUGUUCCUGUUGGGUUUUGUUCAUGUCAAAUGUGUGGUUCAUUCUCAGAACCAAGGGAAAUUGUCUUGCCUGUUCUUUCCGUUUCCUCCCAGCAUGCUUUGGGGCACCUCAGGCCCAAGGCACACCCAAGGCACUGUUAUUAGGCCUGGGCAUUUGCCUGACCCAGGAGAUGCCAUUGGGGGCUGGAGGAUUGAGGGGGCAGGGACCAUUUCCUUCACUUGGGAAUUCUUACCCUGUUGUCCCAUGCUGUGCCUUUCUCUGUCUAUAUUUUUGUUGGUGGCCUGUGUGGCAGGGCCCUUGGGAAAGCUCAGAGUCACAGAAAGGCAAAGGAAACGUGCUGCCCUUUAGCCUGGCAGGGUCUCGGCUGCCCACUGGGCUGUUACAGACCUGUGAUGCUCUGUGUGUAUUUUGAUAUCCCAUGUGUAUAGAUGUAUUUACCACUGGGGCUGGGAGUGGGUGGCUGUCUCUGACCUUGAUGUUCAGAACAGACAUCUGUAUUUUUGCCUUUGAAAUGCAGUAAUAUAACAUGAAUAAAUGACCCUAUCUUUGUAA